ACUAACGUUGAAGAAAACGAGAAAGAGCUCGUGCAUGAAUUAGGGUUUGAAUUCCCCGACUCUCCGAAUGAAAGGUUUGCACAUCGUUACGUGCAAUUUGUCUGCAUGCAUGCAAGCUUGAGUGUGCGCAGGAUUCAGAGUCGAAGGAGGCUGGAUUGAAUGUGCAGUGCAGUCAAUUAGACGGGCUUGGACUCCACGAGAUGGCAACACAUAUGCUAGUUCCAACUUCAACGACGAUUCCAAGCUCCUCAACUCAAGGUCAUCCUCAUUACGUAAGUGCAGGGCUAGAAACAGGAGGAAUGGAUCUUGGUGGAGAUAAAGUGGUUCAUGGGGUGGAAGUAAGGCCUGAAGCUGGUGAUGUACCCAUUCCGAUGAAAUUGAAGAGAGAAGCCAUGGGGGUAGAGAUGGUUUUGAAGCAGACUGCUGAAAUAGGAAUGGUCUUGGUUGGCAUGGCAGCCCUUAGAGGUGGGGCUCCGCCUGCUCCAGUAGAACCCCAUCUGGCGAUAAAGGCUUAUUCAAAUUUGGAAGGGCUGGCUGAAUGUGUAGCACCUCAUGAUAUUGUGUCGAAGAAGUCCUUGCAAUCGUUGCUUCAGCAAUUGAUUUUGCCCAAGAACUCUAUCCUGCCAACUGUGUCAUCUCUAACACCAGCGCGGGAUGUUUCAACUCCCGCCAUUCUAGCUUCAGCAGCACCAAUAUCUGCCGAAGCUGUAAAUAUUUCUGGGAAGAGAUCAAGUAACUCCCAUGUUACUGCAAAACCAAAGCGUGCAAGUAAACCGGGUGUCUUCAAAACCCUUAUCGCUUGCUCAAAAGACUCUCAAAGUAUAUCGUCUAGAGAUGGAAAUAUGCUAAAAAAGCUUGCACGGAUACGUGAAACAAAGACUGUUCAACCUCCAGUUGACCUGCGGCAUGUACACCAGAAGAUCGCAUCUGAAGUAAGCUUGUCAAAACUGGAUAUUAUAUCGACAGCUUCACGAGAACCGGCUAGUUCAUAUAUAAUUUCUCUGGUCACUUGUGACAUUUGCAAGAACCUGGUGAACGAUACAACAAGUUUAGUAAUUUGUGACGGAUGCGCAUCUGGGUUUCACUUACCGUGCUUACAGACGAACGAAGUUUUAGAUGUUCCAGAAAAGAUCUGGUAUUGUACAAAAUGUUUGUCGGCGAACGGUGGUCGACCAAGACAAGCUCUAUAUGAUCUUUACGCCGAGGACCUGGAAGGCCUGGUUCUAGAGCAUCGUGGAUUCUGAAGAGCACAUGUAGGGACCACUCAACUACGGUUUCUGGAAAACCUAAUGUACUUCUGAGGAAAAGAGUUCGUAAUGCUGGCGCUGCUCGAGGAGAAAAUCUUAUUUCUAUAAAUGCAUCACCAGUUAAGCAUUCUAAGAGUGCUCAUUUGGAUUCAUCGUCAAAGGUUCCAGCAGAUCUUUCAUGAACAGGCUGUCGGUGUGAAAUUUAAGGCUUUCUUUCCAUCCAAGUUCAGGGUGGUCAUUGUCGAAUUUCAGGUACAAAAUGAAUUACUUUAGGAACUUCAUGCAUACCAGAGCGUAGAUUGCUUCGUGUAUUUGAAAGCAGUGAAGGUCUCAUGGGCAUGUUUCGUGAUUUUACUCGAUAGGGCAGUGACACUGAUUGGUUGAUGUCUGCUAAUGAUUUGAAAGAAGUUCAUCUGUCAUGGCUCCAUGGUUCUAGGCACAUGGAUUGCUUCAUGUUGAUAGCAAUCAAGGUGAAGUCACUCGAGGUUCCCAGUCCUAGUCCGGUUCGGAGCGGGACUAAGUAAGUGCAAUCCAUCCCAAGCAUCGCCAAUUUGACCAGUUGACAUGACAUCUGCCCAACUCGCUGGGGUGUUAGGAUCAACACUGUGAACUGAUUGGUGUAUGCAAAGAUGUUUAAGAGCACCUAAAUCACAUUUCUAGGUGUGGAAUGUAAGAUGUGCAUCUUGACCUCGUCCGUCGAAAAUCUUGGUGUGCGGUGAGACUUUCUGAGCUGCAUAUUUUUACCAUCUCAAAACAGGUAUUGACUUCUAUCCAGUAAUAGAAGGCAUCUGCCUCCAUAAUCUGUCGCAACCACAUCUUUGCUUUUGUUAUGCACAUUUUUUGAUAAACCUGUGCACAGGAAUGACCCUAGUUUGUCGUGUUUAGAAUAUGACUACUGCAUGUAAUCGAUGCAAUCACGAUGUAGCCUCGCGCACAAUCAAACUUGAAAUGACGAAGUCCAAUUUGCAGAUGAUGAAAGUCGCUGAAAUUAGAAGGGGUGAGUCUAACUUCCAAUGUUCAUUCACACGACAGUGGAGAGAGAGAGAGAGAGAGAGAGAGAGAGAGAGAGAGAGAGAGAGAUUACUAGUAGAGUAAAGGUUGCAUUAGAGAUUUCACAGCGUUAUUUGGAAGAAGCUCGAGAUGAAGUCGAGGAAGCAGAAUAAUCAGAGCUGGAUAAGUCACCAGUGCUACUUCUGUCUUCAACAUGGUCAUUUGUGAGAGAUUCGACUUCAGAAUUUCCGCCUUGACGGUAGUCAUAACGCCGGACGUCGGAGAAGGAAGACGAUGUCCGAGAUUCAUGAGAAUCAAGGCUCUUCACAGAGGUGGCGCCGGACACGUUGGGAGUGGAUCCACUCGUAGCUCCGGAUUGACUGUCUCCAGAUCGAAUUCUACUAGUGACAGAUAGUGACCAUGAUGCAUCAGCCGAAUUGGAGACAUUAGUCGAACCGAGGUUAAAUUUGUAUAUGUGCCCUUCUUUACGAAUGACCUUGCCCUGCUCGGCCAAGCGGUUCAAUUCGGUGGCUAUGAGGUUAUUUUUUUUCUUAUCAAGGGGCCUCUGUACUUGACUUGCAGCAGCCGCAGUAUCUUCGACAAGCUUACCCCCUCUUUGGCCUCCCUCACCGUUAGUACUGCCUCUUGAAACAAUUUUAAACAGCUUGAUGGCGGUCUUCGUCGGUUUUGUGGAGUCGUCGGCACCUUAAGUUUCCUUUUCUUUUUCUGCCCAAGCACUGACUUUGGUCGCGGCUUAGGUCCCCGCAGAGAACCUCUCGUUCCUCGCAACGGCGCUUUUCUCACCCUCAACGCUCUCGGUCCCCGCAGUGGCGUUAAUCGCUGACGAACUGAUGAUCGCAUAAUACGUUUCAACCGAGGCUUCAUCUUUGUGAAGAAACAACUUAGAUCUCACUGCACUCAACUCAGCAGAUGCACAUUCAUGCAAGGACGACAACCAACUACUCGCUUCGACCUCUCGACUAUGUGUCCCUUCAAGUCCUAACUACUUAUAUCUCUGCUUACUCCUCACAUGCCAAAGGGCGGAGGAUUAAUGUAAGAUAAACAGAGUGGUGUUCUGCGAAUCACUUGUGACGAACAAGUGCAAACAACAGGCGACCGAGACAUGUGAAUGGUUUUGCAGGUUGACGCCGCGGCCACUCACUCGAGAGAAUCACUGACAUCAUUCACUUAAGUCUUCAAGAAUAAUGCUUGACAGAAUUCGUCGAAUCAGAAUCUGUUGCAAACGAGGCCAACCUUUCGUUGCUGUGCACCAUACCUUGUGGUAACAUCGAUGGACUAGAAACCCGGUAGAGUCGCUGAAAACUGCAACUGCGCGCGUGCAAAAAGGACUCGAACCAUGUAUCAUCGCAGAGUAAGAGAAUUUAUUGCGGGGAAUAGGUAUUCUGGCAUAUCAUGACGUAAUCGUAAAUGUAACGGAAGUUGUACAACGGAAUGAAACUGUCAGAGAGUAGAAUGAAAAGUUGAUGUGGAGACCCUUCCUUUGCAGCAACAGCUUCGCCAUUUCCUUCACAACGGCGCCGCCAUCUGUACAGAGAUCCAUGAGUAUAAAACGGGAAUGCAGCUUGACAUAAUUACAAGUACGAGGAUGAAAACGACGAAUGGUUAGAUCGUCCACCGCUUCGACGAGAUUGCACUCUUACCGAGUGGCAAAUGAAACUGCCAUUGCCGUGUCUAGUUAUUUAGUUCCAAGGCUGAGGUCUCCGGCUGAGGCACCAUUUCUAAUGUGCCGCUGAUUUCAUGCUGCAGCGAAAGGACCUGCAUCAUCAGUUUUUCAACCUUGAGAAGAGCGGGCUUUUUAAGAAUGUUGAAAUUUUUGGUGAAUCUAUUCAAACACUGUAUUCUCUACCAAAUUAUGCGUAUCUUAUAUAUAUUAUAUAUAUAAAGGGGAAUGCUAAAUAGACCCAUAUUUUUACUAAA